AUGGGCUCCAGCAGCUCCAAGCCCGAGUCUUCGGCGGGCUCCAAACAUAUAUUCUCGAGCGGCUCCCCCAUACAAUUCUCCUCUAAUGUCGUCGAUUCCCUUCAGUCCAACACCGAGACGGACUCUGCUCGCUCCAAAACCCUCGAACUCCAGAUCCAAGCCCGCGUCUCCCAGGAACUGGAACGCCUGCGCGAGCGUGAACAGCAAACCCUCGCGGAGAUCGAGAAACGCCUUGCAGAAGUCAAGGACACCAGCAGCGGGCCAUCGUACUCCCCCGCCGCAGCAGCGAAUGCCAGCUAUCCGGCUGGAUCACUGGACCUGGACGCGCCGCGGAUUCCGUUCGCCGGCCGUGAAUAUGAAUAUACCCCUGCGCCGGCGGUAGCGGAGCCGAUCAACCGGGAUAUCUCGAGUGGUUCGGUGAACAGUGAGAUCGAGGAGCUGCGAGCGAGACUGGAGGGUCGGAGGAAAUUGGCAGAUUUGGACGCUGGCGUGGAGAAGGCCAAGGCGGACGUUGUGAGUUGUCUGCGGUUGAAUGAUCGGCGGCCGUUAGAUUGUUGGAAGGAGGUUGAGGGGUUUAAGCGUGAAGUGGCUCGACUUGAGGAGGCGUUUGUGGAUCGCGUUGUUGGUUAA